CCCUCGAUGGUUUGACACCUCUAUGUUACUGAAAUUGUUGUUAAACAAAUUAAACAAUUAACAAAGAAAUACAGUGAAAAAAGCCAGUGCGCGUCAAUAUAAAGACACUACCAAAGUGCGCGUUGGAAAAUCUAUAAACGAAAACCAGAAAUAGUUCGACAAAGACCGCCGGUAGGCCGCGCCAAAAAAGCAGAAAAAACCUCGGGGUAUACGUACAAACUCAAACACGCGCAGAAAAAAUGGAAGCAGACAUUGCGCCUGUGGUAACCGCCAAUGGCACUGAAGAGAUUAGCACGCAGAGUGUAGCGCCACAAGAGUAUCAGGAACUGCACCCACAUAACGAACAGCAGCAGAACAAGCCGAUAGAAGCCUCUGCAGCAGUAGUGGGCGAGAUUAUGGAUUACCUGGAAGAGGGAGACGCCACCGCUGGUACAGCCGGUCAUGCAACAGCGACAGAGGAGGGUGCCACACCAGAGACGGCAACAGAAAAUGUUGCUGAGCCAGAGCAAUUGGGGGAGGCAGAAUUUUUGGACGAUGAAAUGCCCGACGUGGAUGUGCAUAAGCUCAUUGAGGAGGUGGACAACGCCAACACAUCUCCCACAGAGCCGAGCAUCGAUGCGGGCGCAGGAAACGACGUCGACGAUGCAGCCGACGUUGGUGCGCAAGAAGAUGUCGCUGCAGUGGACGAGGCGGAUGUUGCCGGUGGUGGUGCCGCUGAAGACAAUUUUGAGACAGCAUCCGAGGAGGAAGCUGAACUAAUCACCGGUGACGAGCCCAACGAGCAGGCCGAGGGCACUGAGCCUGUGCCCGCUGUCAGGGAGCGCAAGAAGGAGGAGGAAGUUGACGAGAACCAGUGCCGUGUCUGCACCAGCAAGGAAGAUCUAGUCACACUCUUCAAAAAGACAGACGACGCCACACCUGCCGACAUGCUGGUGGACCUCUGUCCCAACUUGUCCAUUGCCGUCAAGGAUUUCAUGCCGCAGUUUAUUUGUAAGACGUGCUUGAACAGUCUCACCAUUGCCAUACAGUUCCGGAAGCAGCUGGAAACAACAGAACGAGAUCUACGCAAGCGCCUGUCGCGCAGCAAGAACAAGGUGCGUCGUCCCCGAGGGUAUGUGGUCAUUGACGCCCCCGUUUCCGACUCGGCCAGCGACGAUGAUGAGGACGACGAUGUGGAGUUCAAGGUCUCGGACGUGGCGGGCUCCACCAGUGCAGAGAGCGACUCGGCCGAUUCGGACAUCAGCGAGAGACGUAAACGUCCGAUGGGACGCGGGCGUGGACGCAAGAAGGCCACAAAACGCGGCAGUGAGGACAACGAUGAAGAAUCGGUCACUGUCCCCAAGAAGAGGGCACAUGGCUCACCCUCGAUGACCGGUCCCUUUGAGUGCAAUCAAUGCGACCUGACCUUCUCGCGCAAGCAGUCGUACGUGCUGCACCGCAAGUCGCACGACCCCCGCAGUGUUUUCACCUGCGAGAUUUGCGAGAAGACGUUCAAAGUGCAAUGGGCCUACAAGACCCACAUGGAACGGCACGCCCAGGAGCGUGCCCACUUCCGUUGCGAACUCUGUACGCAGGUCUUCAAGCUGCGGGCCGAGCUCAAGCGUCAUAUGGCCGUGCGUCACGACGAGCAUGGCUUCAUCUAUGAAUGCAAGCGAUGCCAGCGCACCUUCCUCACUCAGCAGCGCCUGCAACGCCAUCAGAGCACCAGCUGCCUGCGUCAUGGCGAGGAGCGGAGCAGCCACAACAACAAGCGCAGGUCCACGGAGGGACAGCCCCAGGGCAGGGAUCUCUUCAAGUCGGUGGCCCCGCUCACCACCACCUACUGGAGCGACAGCUUCUCGGACUAAACGGUGUGCCCCAGUGCCGGGCAGAGCUCGCGCUUGGAUAUUUCGGACAUGUGGAUUUAUGUUUCUAUGAAAAGAUUUUAAGUUUAUUUAGCUUUAAGAUGAAAUUAGUGCAAACAAAUACAGCUGCAAAUGUGUGUAAUGAAUGCGAAUGGAAA